AUGUGGCUCGAGGCUGUAGAUCUGGUGUUGUCGAGACUAAGAGAAGAUGGUCUCGACUUCUCGCGAGUGAAGGGAGUGUCUGGAGCAGGCAUGCAGCACGGAACUGUUUUCUGGAGUCAGCAAGCCGAGAGUCUGCUCUCAAGCCUAGACGCAAAGAAGUCGCUGGUCGAGCAACUGGAGCCCAGCGCCCACAAGGACGAGCGCAAGGGCGCUUUCAGUCACCCGGACAGCCCCAACUGGCAGGAUCACUCAACUCAGAAGCAAUGCGACAAGUUCGACGCCGAGCUCGGAAGCCCAGAGAUUUUGGCAGAUGUGACUGGUAGCGGAGCCCACCAUCGUUUCAGCGGUCCCCAAAUCAUGCGGUUCAAGUCCAAGUACCCAGAGCAUUACAAGCAGACUUCCCGUAUCUCGCUUGUCUCGUCCUUCCUUGCAUCCAUCUUCCUCGGCAAGUUCGCUCCCAUCGAUAUCAGCGAUGUCACCGGCAUGAACUUGUGGCACAUCAAGGAGGGCAAGUGGAACGAGAAGCUGCUGGCUUUGGCAGCUGGCAGCACAGAUGGUGUUGCUGAACUCAAACACAAGCUCGGCCAUGUGCCUGAGGACGGAGGUGCCAGUUUCGGCCACAUCAGCAAGUACUUUGUACAGCGCUACGGCUUCGCUCAGGACUGCAACAUCGUCCCAAUGACAGGAGACAACCCUGCAACCAUCCUCGCUCUUCCUCUACAGGCUUCAGACGCCAUGGUCUCUCUCGGCACAUCCACCACUUUCCUCAUGAGCACACCGCAAUACAAGCCCGAUCCCGCAUACCACUUCAUGAACCAUCCCACAACCGCCGGCCUGUACAUGUUCAUGCUCUGCUACAAGAACGGUGGCCUUGCCCGUGAGCAUGUUCGUGACGCAAUCAACGGCAACAAGACCGACCGCUCAUGGGACAAGUUCAACGAAGUCGCCCUGGCCACACCACCUAUGGACCAAAAGUCUUCUUCCGAUCCCAUGCGCUUGGGCCUCUACUUCCCUCGCCCUGAAAUCGUACCCAACGUCCGUGCCGGCCAAUGGCGCUACGAGUACGACUCCUCAUCCAACAAGCUUAACCAGGUCUCCGCAGAGCAGAGCGUAGAUGCCGAUGCCCGUGGUAUCGUAGAGUCGCAAAUGCUGUCUCUGCGUCUGCGUUCUGCAGCUUUGGUCUCUGGCCACGAGAUCAACGGUGAAAAGCUUCCUCCCCAGCCUCGCCGUGUGUACCUUGUCGGCGGUGGCUCUGCUAACCCUGCCAUUGCACGUAUCAUCGGUGACGUCUUGGGAGGAGCCGAAGGUAUCUACAAGCUGGAUAUCGGCGGCAACGCUUGUGCUCUGGGCGGUGCUUACAAGGCCGUUUGGGGCUGCGAGCGCCGCGGCAACCAGACUUUCGAAGAACUCGUCGGCGAGCGAUGGAAUGAGGAUGCUUUUGUGAAGAAGGUCGCCGACGGCUACCGUAAGGGCGUUUUCGAGAAGUAUGGUGAAGCAAUCAAGGGUUUCCACGCCAUGGAACAGGAGGUCGUCAAGUCCACUUCGGAAGGCUCAAAAGAAACCGGAGGUGUCUUCAUCGCGCCAAAGAACUAA